AUCCCCACAUUAAGGUUUCUGGAAAGAAAGAAGAUGUUAGAGAAGCCAAGGAAAUGAUCAUGUCUGUCUUAGACACAAAAAGCAAUCGGGUCACAUUGAAGAUGGAUGUUUCACAUACAGAACAUUCACAUGUAAUUGGCAAAGGUGGCAACAAUAUUAAAAAAGUGAUGGAAGAAACAGGAUGCCACAUCCACUUUCCAGAUUCCAACAGGAAUAAUCAAGCAGAAAAAAGCAACCAGGUAUCUAUAGCCGGACAACCAGCAGGAGUAGAAUCUGCCCGAGUUAGAAUUCGGGAGUUGCUUCCUUUGGUGCUGAUGUUUGAGCUACCAAUUGCUGGAAUUCUUCAACCAGUUCCUGAUCCUAAUUCCCCCUCUAUUCAGCACAUAUCACAAACGUACAACAUUUCAGUAUCAUUUAAACAGCGCUCACGAAUGUAUGGUGCUACCGUCAUAGUACGAGGGUCUCAGAAUAACACUAGUGCUGUGAAGGAAGGAACUGCCAUGCUGUUAGAACAUCUGGCUGGGAGCUUAGCAUCAGCUAUUCCUGUGAGCACACAAUUAGAUAUUGCAGCUCAACAUCAUCUCUUUAUGAUGGGUCGAAAUGGAAGCAACAUCAAACAUAUCAUGCAGAGAACAGGUGCUCAGAUCCACUUUCCUGAUCCCAGUAAUCCACAAAAGAAAUCCACUGUCUACCUCCAGGGCACCAUUGAGUCUGUCUGUCUUGCAAGGCAAUAUCUCAUGGGCUGUCUUCCUCUUGUAUUGAUGUUUGAUAUGAAGGAAGAAAUUGAAGUAGAUCCACAGCUCAUUGCUCAGUUGAUGGAACAGCUUGAUGUCUUCAUCAGUAUUAAACCAAAGCCAAAACAACCGAGCAAGUCUGUGAUUGUGAAAAGUGUUGAGCGAAAUGCCUUAAAUAUGUAUGAAGCAAGGAAAUGUCUCCUCGGACUUGAAAGCAGUGGGGUUACCAUAGCAACCAGUCCGUCCCCAGCAUCGUGCCCUGCCGGCCUGGCAUGUCCCAGCCUGGACAUCUUAGCAUCAGCAGGCCUCGGACUCACUGGACUAGGUCUUUUGGGGCCCACCACCUUAUCUUUAAACACUUCGACAACCCCAAACUCACUCUUGAAUGCACUUAAUAGCUCGGUCAGUCCUUUGCAAAGUCCAAGUUCUGGCACCCCAAGCCCCACCUUGUGGGCUCCCCCGCUUGCUAAUACUUCAAGUGCCACAGGUUUUUCUGCUAUACCACACCUUAUGAUUCCAUCUACUGCCCAAGCCACAUUAACCAAUAUUUUGUUGUCGGGAGUGCCCACCUAUGGGCACACAGCUCCAUCUCCCCCUCCUGGCUUGACUCCUGUUGAUGUCCAUAUCAACAGUAUGCAGACAGAAGGCAAAAAAAUCUCUGCUGCUUUAAAUGGACAUGCGCAGUCUCCAAAUAUAAAGUAUGGUGCAAUAUCCACUUCAUCACUCGGAGAGAAAGUGCUGAGUGCAAAUCACGUUGAUCCAUCCAUCCAGACAACGGGGUCUGAGCAGGCGUCUCCCAAAUCAAACCCUGCAGAAGGUUGUAAUGAUGCUUUUGUGGAAGUAGGCAUGCCUAGAAGUCCUUCCCAUUCUGGGAAUGCUGGUGACUUGCAACAGAUGAUGGGUCCCUCCAAGGUUGCCUGUGCCAAGAGGCAGACAGUUGAACUAUUACAAGGCACGAAAAACUCACACUUACACAGCGCUGACAGGUUGCUCUCAGACCCUGAACUGAGCGCUGCAGAAAGCCCUUUGGCUGACAAGAAGGCUCCAGGCAGUGAGCGUGCUGCGGAGAGGGCAGCAGCCGCCCAGCAGAACUCUGAAAGGGCCCGCCUUGCCCCACGGCCGUCAUAUGUCAACAUGCAGGCAUUUGACUAUGAACAAAAGAAGCUAUUAGCAACCAAAGCCAUGUUAAAGAAACCAGUGGUGACAGAGGUCAGAACACCCACAAAUACCUGGAGUGGCCUGGGGUUUUCUAAGUCCAUGCCAGCUGAAACUAUCAAGGAGCUGAGAAGGGCCAAUCAUGUGUCUUAUAAGCCCACAAUGACAACCACUUACGAGGGCUCAUCAAUGUCCCUCUCACGAUCUAACAGUCGUGAGCACUUGGGAAAUGGAAGUGAAUCUGAUAACUGGAGAGAUCGAAAUGGAAUAGGACCCGCAAGUCAUGAUGAAUUUGCAGCUUCUAUUGGCAGCCCUAAGCGUAAACAAAACAAAUCAACGGAACACUAUCUCAGCAGUAGCAAUUACAUGGACUGCAUUUCCUCACUGACAGGAAGCAAUGGCUGUAACCUGAAUAGCUCUUUCAAAGGCUCUGACCUCCCCGAGCUCUUCAGCAAACUGGGCUUGGGCAAAUACACAGAUGUCUUUCAGCAACAAGAGAUUGAUCUUCAGACAUUCCUCACUCUCACAGAUCAGGAUCUGAAGGAGCUGGGAAUAACUACUUUUGGUGCCAGGAGGAAAAUGCUGCUUGCAAUCUCAGUUUGUGACUCUGUUCAGAUCCGCAACAAGAUCCUGAGAGCUGCCAGGAUUGUGUGAACCUUGGAAUUUCAAAGAAAAAG